AUGUUGCCAGGCAAACAGAAGCACUCAUGUGGUCAGUGGUUCUCUGUGGGUGACAAGUUCUGUCCACACUGUGGUCAAAUCAACAACAACUACGACUCGGCCAAGGCAGAUCUCCUCCGUGCUAGCCAUCGCAAGGGUUGGCGCAAGCGCAAGAGAGCAGUGACGAAGAGUUUGAUUUGGAUGAUCCGUGAUGAUCCGCAACAAGCAGUGCACUUCAUCAGUUUGCACUGGAGCCAGGCCAGCCGCGGAGAGGCAGCGCCAGCUAUCCAAUUGUGGGUGGACGAACAGAAGGCAAUUGCCAGCAAAAAGGAGCCACUGUCUCAGAAGCAGUUGUUGAAGAACAACACACAAUGCAUGGAUCAACGCACAGCACACCAACCGGAACAUCUGGUACGUGGCAAAGCCACAGCUGAAGCAGAAGAAGUGAGUCCAGCAAAAGCUGCAGGGAUUGUGUUGGCCUGGGCUCCGUGCAAGCUGCCCCACGCUGCACGGCACUCGGCCACUCGUUCGCCGACUGGUGACCUGUGGGAGGCCACGUCAUACUUCGAGAAGGAAUUGAAAUUUGCCUACAAGUUGGAGGAUACUCUGAGGUUUGGAAACUCUGAAGGGAUCAUUUUUGGAGAUGAAGAUAGGUUUACAGACUGGUUCUGUCGCAAGUUUCUGAAUAUAGGUGAUAACUGCCGCUACAGGGAUGAAGAUGCCGAUGGACUUCCAGGUGUGUCCAUCGCCGGGCAUGAUCUCUCCGCCACUCCGAGUGUGGAUAGCCCCACCCAGCGGAUGUCGGACCUCUCACCGACCUCAGCGACGUCUCCGACGUCCCGCAGCCGCGUGGAGAGUGGGAACACCACCACGAUGAUGGAGGAUGAGGAUGUGGACUGGCUGCAGCGUGUGACGCAGGCUGUGGGCGCGAAGAACGCCAGCGAGAGAGACCAGCUCUCCAAGGAGUUGGGAGGCACCAUCAACUUGAUGUUGGAUGUGGAGCAAGAGGAGCUGAACCGAGAGGAGUUGAGGGUGGAGCGCAUCAGCCGCCGAAUCUCCCGAAAGCAGGUGAAUGACUCCAAGUUGAGGACCUCCGCCGCCACCGCGGAGAAGAUGGUCCGGAGCAGUAUCCAUCAGCUCAAGGACUUAGACCCCGAGGCGCUCAAGGCGGAGGUCGACCGCUUGAACGAGGCGGAGAGUAGCCCCGUCUCCGAGGUCGCCUCGGCCGCCUCGGGCCCCGAGAGCGCCCUGGAGGACAAUGCCUCCACGCCCGACAACGAAAAGCAGCGGCUCUCAUUGCAGAAGAAUAUCACCAAGGCCAUUGCCUUUGACCAUGGAGCCAUCCAGAUGUCGGAACGAGACACCGAGGACCGCACCCGGGUCUUCCGGAAAAACCUGCGGCGCACCGCGUCCAAUUUGAGCUUGAUGUCCACCUUGGGCCGAGACGUCUCGGAAAGGCUGAAGAUCAUCGUGGAGAACCCUCGAGAGAUCAAUGCCUUUUACGAGAUGGACCAGCAUGACCUCGGCCGAGGUAGCUACGGAGCAGUAAAGCGGGCCAAGGUGAAAGGUACUGGUGCCACGCGUGCUGUGAAGGUCAUCGGCAAGGACCGGUGUACACAAGGCUUUGGUGCCUUGAAGAAUGAGAUCUUCAUCUCCAAAAAGGUGGAUCACCCCAAUGUGGUGAAGCUUUACGAGAUCUUUGAGGAUAAUGAGAAUCUCUACUUGGUACUGGAGCUUUGUUCCGCUGGACAUCUCUUUGCUUAUAUCCGUGCUCAACGGAGUCCCUUGAAAGAUCACCAAUCCGUGGUGAUCAUGCGACAGGUCUUGCAAGGUGUGAACUAUCUCCACAGCUGCCACAUCGUGCACCGGGAUCUGAAGCCGCAGAACAUCUUGGUUGUCAGGAGUGACAUAAGUCGUGAUGCUGGCAACUCACUGCGGAUCAGCGAUUUCGGCCUCUCAUGCGAGUUCGAACCAGGGCAGGUUCUGACGGCCCAGGUGGGUACCACUGCCUACAUGGCACCGCAGGUCUUGCUGAAGAGCUACACCGAGAUUUGUGACGUUUGGAGCUGUGGGGUCAUUCUACACAUCCUCUUGUCUGGCUUCUUACCAUUUUUAGGUCGCGAUGCGAGCAAAGAGUCGAUCCGAAGAGAGAUCCUGCGUGGAAAGCUGAAGAUGAAUGGCAGGCGAUGGGUCGAGGUGAAUCCAGCCGCCAUCAACCUUUUGCUGAAGAUGCUGAAGGUCAAUCCGGAAGAUCGGCUCACGGCCCAGCAGGCAUGUCAACAUCCCUACCUGAACUUGACCCGGCGACAGGAUGAACCGCCCGUUUUGCCCAAGGAGGAUGUGCUGGAAGGUCUCCAGAGCAUGCAUGAGCAAAAUGUGUUUAAGAAAGCGGCGCUGCAUUUGAUCGUCACCAUGCUUCAUGAUGAGCACACCAGCAUCCCGCGAAAUACCUUCAUGAAGCUGGAUGCGAAUGGUGAUGGUCUCGUUUCCAUCGAGGAGCUGGAGGACUUCUACGGCGAAUGCUCGGCGUUAGACCCAGCGAUGUUCCAUGAGGAAGGGCGAGAAGCCCAUGGUAUCAGCUACACAACCUUCUUAGCUGCCACAUUCGACAAGGGCCAAUGGGUGGGAAAGCAGGUUUGCAAGGCGGCCUUUACCCAGUUCGACUCCAAUGGAGACGAGCAUUUGACGCUGCAAGAACUUCUGGCCUCAAAUAGUGUGCUAGGGAGGCUCCAUCCAUUAGACGCUGAGAAGCUGCUGAGUGACCUGGAUACCAACAAUGAUGGAGUCAUUGAUUUCCAGGAGUUUUACACGAUGAUGCGUGGGGUGAGCCAUGGGGCAUCGACCUUUCUGAAAAGGUCUGGCUCCAUGGCCUCCUCCGUGAAGCGCAGCCGGACGCGCAGCGAUCAAACGAGCACCUCCUCCACGGUCAACUGAUGCAGAACUGCUGAACACCUCAUCGGCUGACGGCGAAAGGGGCGGUUUCAGCACUUGUUUGGCCCGCAGCAGGGCCCACACGGCCUGUUCAUCUCCCCGUUCCUCGGCGGAUCCAAUGGCCUCAGGUGGCCCCGGAAAGCAC